AUGAUGUUUGCAGCAGUCGAUAACCCAUCUAAUGCGGUUGAGUGGGCACUUGCUGAGAUGAUGAACAUGCCAGAGAUCAUGCAGAAAGCAACAGAGGAACUCGAUGCUGUCGUCGGUAAAGAUAGACUGGUGCAGGAGUCUGACAUUCCUCAGCUAAACUAUCUCAAAUCGUGCAUCCGGGAGGCCUUCCGCUUACACCCAUACCAUGCUCUUAACGUACCCCAUGUCGCCAUGGCGGACACAACUAUUGCUGGCUACACCAUCCCCAAGGAUAGCCACAUACUUUUAAGCCGGCUUGGACUUGGCCGCAAUCCCAAGAUCUGGACUGAACCACUGGAGUUUCAGCCUGAGAGGCAUUUGAACACUGCGAAUGUACUUCUCACUGAUCCAGGCCUACGUUUCAUUUCAUUUAGCAGUGGGAGGAGGGGUUGUCCUGGGAUUUCACUUGGUACCUCUAUGACAAUGAUGUUGUUCGCAAGGAUGUUGCAGGGAUUCACUUGGACAAAGCUUCCCGGCGUUAAGAGUAUCAGUCUCCAAGAACGCAAUGCGGGUGUUGCACUAGCUGAGCCCCUUGUUCUGCAAGCUACACCGCGAUUGGCUGCACAUCUCUAUAUAUGA